UUGAAAAAGACGGGUUUUGGUUUAUUGUGUGGCAUUUGUUGGUGGUUUUAGUGAUUCAUCUGUGUCCCCUGCCCCCAUCGGCCCCUCUGUAUAGACCCCAGGAAUGUCAAACUCUCCCAGACAGACCCCAACAGCUGUAAGGAGAGAGAGAGAGUGCACAUGGCACUGGCUAUUUUUAGAGUUCUUUCAGACUAGAACAUCUCUCUCCUUCUCUUUACCUGGACGUGGCUGUUCCUUCUGGAUCUCUCCUCGGCUGAAAGUUCUGGAGAAGUUUCACAGCGGCCGUGCGAGUUCAUAAGUACCUGAGACGAAUGCAGGGCAGAGCAUAUAAACAAGGAAAAAAAGAGUCCAGCGAUUAAGUGAAAAUCAAGCUGAAUAUCUAACAGGCCAACAUGGCUCUACUGUGUUACAACAGAGGCUGCGGGGGUCGAUUUGAUGCUGACAAAAACUCGGAUGAUGCCUGCCAGUUUCACCCCGGAGUGCCAAUCUUCCACGAUGCCUUAAAGGGCUGGUCCUGCUGUAAAAAGAGGACGACAGAUUUCUCUGAGUUCCUGUCAAUCAAGCAGACUUUUAAAGUUCCUCUUACAGUUGUUUUGUCACCUCUUCCCUCUCGCUGUCCUACAGAGUCAAUGGAGUCAAUGAAUGCAGGAUGCAAAACAAUUUACCAGAGUCCAGAGACAGACGCAGAGAUCUGCAAAUAUCAUCCUGGGGUUCCUGUCUUCCACGAAGGAUACAAAUACUGGAACUGCUCCUGCAUAAAAACCACUGACUUCAAUGCCUUCCUGGAUCAGAAGGGCUGCACAACAGGAAAACACUGCUGGAUCCCCAAACAGGACAAAAAGAAGGUGGCUUGCAGGCAUGAUUGGCACCAGACAGGAAAGCAGGUCGUGGUCACAAUCUACGCCAAGAACUCCAGUCCAGAGCAUUCCUACGUGGAGGCAAACCGCACAGUGUUAACAUGCCACAUUCAGUUUGAGGGUGACAAAGUGCUUCAUAAGGACAUCCACUUAUGGGGGUGAUUGACGUGCAGAGCAGUUUUGUGAACAUGGUGCCCUCUAAAGUUGA